AUGUAUUCAUCAGCCCUUACUGUCCUUGCCACUGCCUUGAGCAUUAGCCUCAUUACGGCAGCACCGGUCGCACCACCUCCUGAAGUUGCUGAGCAGCGAAGUGGCCUCCUGGAACGUAACACUGUCUUCACAUACGAAGACUACGGCAGCGUGCCCGUCAAGCGCGAGCCUGCCCCUGUGCAGCCCAUCGUAGCCUGCGAGCCAGGCGACAACUGCCCUCCAUGGAUCGUCACUCGCGAGGCUACCCCAGACCCUGAGCCCCUGCGUCCUAUGGACCCUGGCAACGAGUAUCUGGCCUGCUAUUGGGGCUAUGUCGGCGGCAAAGCCAAGCGCGAUAUCGAUGCCGUCGAGCUCGAAAAGCGCUGUGGCAAAGCCAAGCGUGAUGUCGGCGACGAGAUCUCGAAAAGGGACCCGGAGCCACUGACGGAUCUUCGCAACAGGUAUCAGGCGUGCUACUCGGCGUACGUUUCCCUGAAGGCCAAGCGUGGCGAGGCCGUUGAGUCGGUGGAGCUAGAAAAGCGCUGCGGCAAGGUCAAGCGCAAUGCCGAGGACGAGAUGUCCGAGCGCGAUCCAGAACCACUGACAGAUCUUCGCAACAUGUAUCGAGCAUGCUACUCAGCGUAUGUCUCCCAGAGAGCCAGGCGUGGCGAGGCUGUUGAGUCGGCUGAGCUCGAGAAGAGAUGCGGCAAGGCUAAGAGGUAUGAGCUUGAGAAGCGAGUGUUCGUCGAACCGGAGGUGAUCCAGGAGAUCAAUGACGAGUUGGGUCCCACCUAUCAACAGUCGUACGCGGCGUACACGAUCGGUGGACCUGGCAAGGUCAAGAGGGAGGGGGAGGCGGAGUCGGAGGAGAAGGCUCCUAUUGACGACCCGAGCAUCGUAAUCGGUUCUUGA